CAGAGGACACAGGCUGCGUGUGUGUCCGUCUCUCACUGUCUCUGUCUGUCUCACCGACCCUCUGUCCCACUGUCCCACUGUCUCCGGUCCUCAGCGACCUGUCUGGGAGGACGUGGCCCGAAAGCAGACGCCGGAUCCCGGGUUGGUUUUCCAGGAGCAGCUGCUGCAGAGGACCGAGGGCUGAGUCUCUGGUAAUUGCAUCGUUUUGGAAUACAAGCGACUCUUUGCCGGACAUUUGGAUCAAACCUCCCUCAUCCCAAAUCCUUCCCCAUGAGGAAAGAUGGGGAAUGGAUUGUCGGAACAACCUAGCCUCCUUUCCACUAUCCCGCUCUUCCAGUCGUUUCACAUCGCCAUCCUCGGGCUGGACUCCGCGGGGAAGACCACCGUUCUGUACCGGCUGCAGUUCAACGAGUUCGUGAACACGGUUCCCACCAAAGGUUUCAAUGCGGAGAAGGUGAGAGUUUCUCUCGGCGGCCACCGGAGCGCCACCUUCCACUUCUGGGACGUCGGCGGUCAGGAGAAGCUCCGCCCCCUGUGGAAGUCGUACACACGAUGCACGGACGGCAUCAUUUUCGUGGUGGACUCUGUGGACGCAGAGCGCAUGGAGGAGGCCAAAACAGAGCUCCAUAAGAUCGCCAAGACCUCCGAGAACCAGGGGGUGCCUCUGCUCGUCGUCGCCAACAAACAGGACUUGAGACACUCGCUGGGAUUGGACGAACUGGAGAAGCUGCUGGCGCUGAAGGAACUGGGCCCGGCGACUCCGUGGCACCUGCAGCCGGCCUGUGCCAUCAUCGGAGACGGACUCCGGGACGGCCUCGAAAGACUCCACGACAUGAUCCAGAAAAGGAGAAAGAUGCUUCGGCAGCAGAAGAAAAAGAGAUAACUGUUUUGUCCCGAGACGAACUUGUCUUCUGUUUUUAUGUGAAGGAAACGUAAAGGAUUGUCUCCCGGGUGGAAUCGAGCUUCCACUCGACACGCUGAGUUUUAUCAGUCUGUAACUUUUAGGAUUCCCGCCCGUGAUCUUGUGUUGAUGCUGAUGACGAGGAAGUGACACGUAAAGGAAUACAGUAUGAAGACGAGAAGGUUCUAGACAUGUGUGGAUAUGUGAUGAAGAGUUUAUAUGGAUUAACGGAGGGUUCGGGGGUUUGGAAAGGUGGUGGAAGUUGUGCUAAGGGUGGUGUUAUGUUUCACGAGAUACCGGCUGUUCCAAAAAGUAUUACCAAAAAUAAUUUAAGAGAAGGUUUGAACUUUGUUGAAGGUUUUGCUUUGGUUCAUGAUUCCACAUCGUAACACCAGGGGGGGCCAGAGAGACGAACGCAAGUUUUAUAUCAACUGUUUUCUAUGAUGUUAAUUUUUUUUUACACUGGACUUUCUUUGAGGAAGAAGAGUAUUAUCUCGCAUUGCCGCAUUACUAUGGACUUGCUUGCUGUCUAAUACUGUAUCUGUUGAUCUUUUUUUAAAAAGCACUUUAGAUUAUCACUUCUUAAAAUGAAGUUUACAGUCUUUAAAUAGAGAAUAUUGUGUUGGACUUUACAGAAAAUGUUUGGGCAAAAUGCGACAGAUGCUGCUGUACAGUAGGGCUGCUCCUCGUCGGCCAUAUUGUCCUUAGACAUAUAUGCAUUCAGUUUUGCUCAAUAAAAGAUAUUUAGAACAAA